CUUGGGGAGUAUUGCAGUUGGGAGGUUCUGAGCUGGAUGCAGUUGAGAGAGGCUGUGGUCAGUGUGAGAUCGACCAAUGCGAUGGGAGUGUGGGGUAUGGAGGAAGCCCAGAUGAAAGUGGAGAAACAACACUGGAUGCAAUGAUUAUGAAUGGCAACACUAUGGAAGUUGGAGCAGUUGCAGAUCUCAGACAUGUAAAAAAUGCAAUCAGUGUAGCACGAAAAGUCAUGGAAUAUACUAAGCAUACGUUAUUAGUGGGCGAGUCAGCCUCCCUGUUUGCUGUAAGAAUGGGGUUUCCAUAUGAAGAUUUAACUACCCAAAAAUCUCUUUUGGUGUAUUCAGAGUGGCUUAAUCAAAGCUGUCAGCCAAACUACUGGAAGAAUGUGAUACCAGACUCUUCAAAAUCCUGUGGACCAUACAAACGGCCUGAAAAAGUGACUUAUAAAGAAGAACAGAUCUCACGAAGAAGUUUUCAUAAUCAUGAUACUAUUGGAAUGGUUGUAAUCGGUGGGAGUGGAAUUGUUGCUUCUGGGACGUCUACUAAUGGUGCAGUCCACAAAAUUCCAGGCCGUGUAGGAGACUCUCCGAUAGCUGGAGCAGGAUCCUAUGCGGAUAGCACAGCAGGAGGAGCUGCAGCCACUGGGGAUGGUGACAUAAUGAUGCGCUUCUUACCCAGUUACCAAGCAGUGGAGUAUAUGAGAAUGGGAACAGACCCAACAGUAGCCUGUCAAAAAGUUAUUUCCAGAAUCCAGAAGUACGCUCCAAAGUUCUUUGGUGCUGUUAUAUGUGCCAAUACAACUGGAAGUUAUGGUGCUGCAUGUAAUAAAAUUCCAGGAUUCACUCAGUUUCACUUCAUGGUUUCUAGCCCUUUGCUAAGUCAGCCAACUGAGCAAGUAGUAGACUGCAUUUAAUUUCUUAUGUCCUAUCAACA